CGAUUAUCAAAUACAUAUAAAUCCCCGCCCUGAACUAAAUUUUGAUUGAUACAUUCAUUUCCUUGUUACCAUCAACACAGCCAUCGUCGCCUUCAAAACUAGGACCUGAAAUCUGCUAUUGGGCAUUCAACCUCCACAACGACGUGUAUACUUAACAUAAUUGACUCACUAAGUCAUUCAUCAUGGCCCGAACCAACGGGGCUAGCCUCGACAGCAUUGACGAGGUUGAAGACCAGCUCAAGGAUGUCAUCCAGGGCCUGUACCAGGUCAUGGUUCAGGUGGCGCACUACGACAACGCCGGCACUGCCAACAGCAAAGAGGUCGUCGCCAGCGAGCUCAAGUCGCUGUCGUCGACGCUUCAGAACAUCCACAACACGGCCGCUGCGCCCUCGACCCGCCUCCCUCACGUCCCCGUCGAGCUCAUAGCAUACGUAGAGAAUGGUCGGAAUCCUGACAUCUACACGCGCGAGUUCGUCGAGAUGCUGCGCCGUGGCAACCAGCUCAUGCGUGGCAAGACCCACGCAUUUGAGUCCUUCCGCGACAUACUGGCCGAGGAGAUGCGCGCCGCCAUGCCCGAGAUCCGUGACGACGUCGACAAGGUCGUUGCCGCCACGACUGCCCCCAGCAGCGCGACCAAAGCCACCACGGCGUCUUCUGUGGCAGGCAACGCUCGCGACAACAACAACAACAACAACAAUAACAACGGCAGCAACAGCAACAGCGCACCGGCCACUGCACAAUCCGCUGCUGCCCGGCAGACUUAG